AACAGUUUCAUACUCGUUCGGUAGAUCAACGAAAGCAGUUUAAAAAUUCGUGAUCCAUAUCGUGCAAAUCAACUUCUCAAAAGAGUCUGCGUGAACUUACUUUCAAAAUGUUGAUACCUUCUUGACUAAUCAUUCAUGAGCCCUUGGACUCGCAUAACCAUCAAAUAGCAGUUUAAGAGGAAACCACAAUGGCAAAGAGGAAAGCUUACAAACAAUCUCGACGUAAGCAAUGUCUUGAUCAAUCCCAGGAAAGUUUAUUACAAAAAUCAGAUACCUCUGACGAGGUCGAUUGCGUGCAACACAAAUAUACUCCAUUCAAGAAAAGGUCGAAGUCCACUGAACGACUUUUGCAUCAGAGAUCCCCAGAAUCUGUGCUCUUCGAAUCCGAUCAACCUGAUUUGUCAUGCUAUGACGAUUUAAGUCCAGAAAUCAUGCCCACGCUUCGUCGAAUAAAAUUAGAUCUAAAUAAAUCAGACAAAAAUGAGAAAAAAAAGAAAGUUGAACAAAAAGGACCAGAAUUGAUCGAAAUAAAACAGGUAAACAAUUUAUUUAAGCAGAAUAUCGAUAAGUCUACAGAAAAAUGCUUUGCAUUGGACAAAACUUUAUCAAUGAACGAUGAAAUAAAAUUAGAAAUGAAUGACUGCCAGUCUCUGCAGGAGGAAAAAUCUUUUUCAAGAACUAGGCUCGACGUUUAUAGUUGCAAUAACAAACUUUAUUCCUCGAAAUCGGCUUACAAUUUUCCUUGCGAUUACACAUCAGAACUAACACCACAAUUUACUAACUUUAAUUCAGAAUUAGAACCUCAAAAUGGAUACCAUAAUUUUUUUGAUGAAUUCCAAACUACGAUCUCUGCUUGCGAGUCUGUGGGUCGAUAUGAAGAAAAAUGGAACGGACAAGAUCGAGAUACGAGAUAUGAAAUAGUAAACGAGAAGAAUUCUGCGAAUUCGGCUGGAAAUAAAUUUACUAAUAAUUGGAGCGAUUGUAGACGAAUUCUUUCGAAUUUACGACACUUGAAUAGUUUAAAGGUUCGAACAGCGAAUCAAGAAUUUUUUGGGAAUCUUUUACCAAAAUAUAAGAAAUGUGACGAAACAAGAUUACUGCAGAUAAGCCCACUUUCUUAUAAUACACCAUCUUCGGAAGAAAAUUCAGACGAACGAACGAAUAAGCGUCCUUUUGUAGAUAAAACUGACAAGAUCGAUAAUAAAGUCGAUGACAUACGAGAUUAUAGGGAAGUAGAGAGUAAUACGAGAAUUAGAGCUCGUUCGUAUACUCCUUGCAGUGGCUCUCCACCACCUGCCAAAAGAUGUCGAACAACGCUGAAAUUUGACGAUGAAGAAGAUAUGGAGAGGUUAGAAAAACCUGUUGUUACCAACACGGUUACUGAUUUAUUACCAAUGGAGAAAAAAAAUGUUCAGAAACGUCUUUAUCCUAAGCCGACGAUAACGAAGACGCCUUGGAGCGCUGACAGCUCUGAAUCUCCCACCACUUUAAUUUUGGAUCUUCCGGUUAUGUCUAAUUCUGGUGGAUGCAACAAAUGUCUCGAAGAUCCCACAUGCGCCAGCUUCCAUGAAAACAAAAAGUCUCAAAGAUUUCGUUCAGUCAAGAAACCCAUCGCUAAAAUCGUUCUGUUCUGCGUCUGGAUGAUAAAAAGAAUAACGACUGUGUUGAAAGAGAGUUACGAAAACUUCAAAGCUGCUACAACAUCAAUAUCAACGAGGCGGCAAAUGGAGGAGCUCAGUCAAAUUGUGAUAAAGUUACGCUUGGAGAACGAGCAGAUGAUCAACACAUUCCUGGACAAAGUUACUCGUUUGUCUGACCAAAUUACUCAGGUGCGUGCAAGUAACAUAAGUGUCAUCGGUGCUUUAACCGCAGAGGUUAGCGGCAUGCAAGACAUCACCAAGAAGUUGGCCAGUGGUAACGAAACUUUGAUGCAGGAACUACAAAGAUUGCAGCAAGCGUUGGAGAAUACGCGAAUAAAAUCUCCAAAGAAACCUCCGUCGCCUCCACCACCGAUACCAUCAGUUCCACUAUCAUCUACCCCGUUUGCUGUUUUUCCUCCACCUCCUCCGCCACCCCCACCUCCCCCGCCACCACCAGCACCUCCUUUGCCAUUUCUGCCUCCACCAGCUCCUGCACUUCCGCCAGCAAAGUCACCGGCGCAGCCGAUUACACCGAUCACCCCGAGCAACGGCAGAAGCGUCAGGAUGCCCUCGAGAAAGUGCUCAACGCCGUUGUUUAAUAGGCCAGCUAUAACCGUCGAGGAUUUGCUGAAGGUGACCCUAAAAAAAGCACCGCAGAACGUUAAGGAAAAUAGAAGAAACACAAUACCAGGACCAAAGGGGCCAGUGGUUUCCUUGGACAUGCUACGUAGCGUAAAAUUAAAAUCUGCCAGGCGCAGAACGAGCGAUCAGAUGUCAAGAUCUCCGAGGAGCGGUCGAAUACUUAAAACGCGAACAGCAUCGAGCCUCAGCUUGUCUCCGAUCAUGAAAAGUACAGAUAACUCGUUGAGUCGAAUUCUGAAGCAGGUGGAUAUUAAUAAACGGCCACGACGUCUGUUGACGAACUCGUCGAGUUUUCGCGAGAACAUUAUCGGAAAAGAUAAUCAGUCGCAGAAAGUGGAAGCCAGUGGUUCGCGAUCAAUGAUUGUGUAAGCGCGUUACAGUUGAUAAUCAUGGAUUAAAGGAAUCUCAUGCGGUCAAUGCAAGAGAUAUGUACACAAUAUUAGCAAAUUAAAUUAUUCCGUGAUUAAGUAAUCGAUAUACGACAGAUUGGGUCACCUAAUAUAUAAAGAACAUGUUUGUUUGUGAUAUCAGAGAAUUUAAUGUAUGCCGAGUUUUCUUUUAUAGCAUCGUAACUUAAUAAAAAUGUAGAACAUAAAACGAUGGUAUUUUACAGCGUGUAAUUAAGAUAGUCAUAUUCCACACCCUGUAAUAAUGCCUGUCUCUAAUUGCUACCGGCAUUGGAUUCGUUUAUAUAUAUAUAUAUAUAUAUGUUUUUUUAUGUAUUAAAUUAUGAUUCUGUGACAUUCAUUAGAAUUGUUAUUGAAGAUCCUUGUUUCAGGUGACUCCCUCUGAACCGAUGAUACAUGGCGCGAUACACACAAUAUUUUAUAUAUUUAAUUAUAAUCUUUAACAGUGACGCGUAUGUUGAUAUUUAGUAAUAUAUAUUAAUAAAGAUCCGAAGAAACGAUUAGAGAGUUGUAAUUACUUUAUUUGUAGCUUUCACGUGUGUGUGUGGUUUUACAGAAAAAGGUCGUAUCCGGUGUAAUCGCAUUGAUUGUAAUAAUAGUUAGUAGUAGUAAUAGUACAGAGCGUGAGAACGCAUACGAAUCCGAAAAAAGAAACGACAGAUUUAGUUCUCCUCCAAAUGACGAUAAAUUUCGAUAUCCAGGUCUAAUUAUUCGCUCUCGUGAACUGGGUUAGCGACAAGAUGGAAUGAUCCGAAGAUAAUUAUAAGAAGAAAUAGAAAGAGAUACACAACUAAUGUUUAGAAUACAGAGAUAAGAGCAAAUAUAUUACAUCUAGAAAGAUGGAACAAUAGAUGUGUAAUGUGGUAUGUGUUAUUUCCUUUUUACCGUCUUUCUCUUCCGUGUUUUUUCUUUUUUUAUAAAAAUUGACUAAGCACGCACAACGAUAAUGAAUAAAGGAUAAAAGCGGUCUCAAUCGAUACACCGAUCAUCUAUUAUUCGUCCCUAAUAAUCCUACAGUAAAACCCAGGUGGUAUCAAUGCCUACCUACGAUUUUAUUUUAUUUUAGCCGAGGACACUACAUUUACGUUUUUUUCUUUUUUUAUUCAUUUCAUUAUGAAUCACACGCUACAUCGUCGACGAUAAUAAUAAUGUUAUCGCGUUUGGCUACUCAUCUUGUUUUUAAUCCAUCGUGUAAGCAAGUAAUUGGAUGAGGUAUCUCACAGUUUAUCGUCGUUUGGAAUUCAAUUUAUGCCACAUUCAAUUGCCACUGACAAGUUUUCUUUACUGUACCUUAAAAUUUUGCUUUUUCUUUUUCUUUUAAAGAUUUAUCGCUCGUACGCGUGGUAUGUUAUGCACGUAUUACGUAUAUUUUACGUAAACUAUAUAUAUAUAAUAUAUAUUAUAUGCAAUUCUUAUCCAAUGAUUCCGAUAUUUUCUCUGCUCCUCCACUGUUCUAUAUUCUUCCUUUCUUACGGUUCCAUUACCUUUCAUGGUAUGUUUUUCACGCGAUUAUCAAAAUUACUUUCGGGAUGGUGAUUUCUUUUUUGCUUUUUAUUCCACGAUACGCUCUAAACUGUUCGUUUCUCUCCACAUUAUCGCUUGAACGAUUCGCGUCGAUUAAAUUCCUCUUCUUUUUUUUCUUUCAAUACCUUAAUUUUAUGAUCUUAAGAUUACUCGCAUAUACUUACUUACGGUGCCGUUGAUAUUACUUUGAGUUAUUCUUUGUAACGUUACUUUAUAACAUGAUUAUCAAUUUGUAUCGUGUUAUUAAUACCUAAAUACAGGGGCACGAUGUACACCAAAAAAUUUCUAGGCAGAGUUCUCGAUUUUUCAUUUUUCAUUUAGCGCGUUCCCUUCGGCUUCUGUUUCUCUCUUCUCAGGUAUACACCUCGCUUUUUUGCUGCACGCUUACACGAACGUCAUCGACAUUUUCUCGAUCGCGAGAGAAAACUGCACGGAUUUUUUUCUACAUGUAACACAGUGACGGUCAGAAACAUAUUUGUUACGACUGAGAUAUGCAAGCACGCAACUUUGCACACAUAACUUCAUUGCAUGUUUGAAUCAUCAAGCAAGACGUUACUAUUCUUGAACACAGAAACAUUGCACUUAAAGGAUCGUUUUACAACGCUGACAUAACAAAUUUUCGACCGACACUAUUUACCUUGACAAACAAAUAAUUCUACUGUUGUAUCGCUAAGCUUACCUCGGUUAAGAUGCGCAAACAAAUUCUUUGCGUAAAGACUAACGAAGUCCGUCUAACGUUUUAUCAUUGGAAUGUUUCCCGGCUGUUUUUUCAUAUAUAUAUUUCUUUUUCUCGUAAGCGAAAAUCGACGGAAUGGUUCAUCGAUAGGUGAAUGGACGCACGGCUAAGAUCAACUAAGAUACAGUGGAAUCGAGGACAGUGAUAAUAGCAAAAGUGAGCGCGGGUGAAGAACGAGUCGGGAUACAAUCGUUUAUUCUGUAAUUCGUUAUACCACAGUGAUCGUUAUAGUUUACAGAGG